UUUAUUCACAUACUUGUUUAGGUGCUUAAAUAGACUUUGGCUGCUACUUGUUAAUGGCAAAGUUGGCAAUCUCAAUCUCGUUCUUGUCCUUGAUACUGUUAGCACUAGCAAAUUGUUCAAAUGCUGGUGGAAUUGCUAUCUACUGGGGGCAGAAUGGUAAUGAAGGCACACUAGCAGAGGCUUGUUCCACUGGGAACUAUGAGUUUGUUAUCUUGGCCUUUCUACCAACAUUUGGCAAUGGCCAAACUCCAAUGAUAAAUCUAGCUGGGCAUUGUGAUCCCUACAGUAAGGGGUGCAUUGGGUUAAGCACUGACAUAAAAUCAUGCCAAGCCAAAGGCAUCAAGGUAUUGCUGUCUUUGGGAGGAGGUGCCGGUAGCUACUCACUUGCAUCCCCACAGGAUGCAAGGCAAGUAGCAACUUACCUUUGGAAUAACUUCUUGGGGGGACAAUCUUCUUCUAGGCCACUUGGGCCUGCUGUUCUUGAUGGCAUUGACUUUGACAUUGAAGGAGGCUCAAACUUAUAUUGGGAUGACCUUGCCAGGUACCUCAAAGGAUAUAGCAAGGAAGGCAAAAAUGUGUACUUGACAGCAGCUCCUCAAUGCCCAUUUCCUGAUGCUUGGAUAGGAAAUGCCCUCAAGACAGGUCUUUUUGAUUGUGUUUGGGUCCAAUUCUACAACAACCCUCCUUGCCAAUACAGUCCAACUGCAUUUAACAAUCUUGAAGAUGCAUGGAAACAGUGGACAUCAGAUAUUCCAGCCAAAAAGAUCUUCUUGGGGUUACCAGCUUCACCUGAGGCUGCAGGCAGUGGAUUCAUAUCUGCAUCUGAUCUUACUUCCAAAGUGCUUCCAGCAAUUAAGGGUUCUUCCAAAUAUGGAGGCGUUAUGCUGUGGUCCAGAUACUAUGAUGGUCAGAGUGGAUACAGUUCCUCCAUCAAGAGCCAUGUCUAA